AUGGGAUCCGCUUUGAGAAUAGUCGAAGACUGGUGCAAUAGGCACAACCUAUCGGUAAAUCCGUCCAAGACGGAACUUAUACUUUUCACCAACAAACGAAAAUUGGAUAACUUAAAAUUACCCAAACUUUUCGGCACACAUCUCAAAUUAAGUAGCGAAGUCAAAUACCUGGGCGUUAUUCUAGACAAUAAGCUGCUAUGGAACAAACACCUAGAAAAUAAACUGGAGAGAGCCUGCAUAGCGUUCUGGCAAUGCAAACGGCUCAUGGGGAAAACAUGGGGACUCUCACCUAAGAUCACGCUUUGGCUAUACAAUACCGUGAUAAAACCAUUACUAACAUAUGGAGCAGUCGUUUGGUGGCCCAGGACCGAGCUCAGCACAACCAUUACAAAGCUACAGCAGUUCCAGAGAUUGGCCUGCUCUGCUAUCACCGGCUGCAUGAGAACUACACCUACUGCAGCACUAGAAGUAAUUCUGAGCUUGCCACCCCUGGACCUGAUCGUCAAACAGGAAGCCACGAUGGCAGCGAUGAGACUUCGCAACACCGGGAUAUGGAAUACAAAUGGCAUAGGCCCACAUACCAAAAUUCUAGACAGGGCAAUACAACAUCAAAAACUUUUACUCGCCCCAUGUGACAGUAUCCCACAAACGCAGAUUACAGAAAGAAACUAUGUGAUAAGUCUGCAGGAAACAGAGCGAGAUCAAUCCGGCAUCAGGGAACUCCGCAUCUACACAGAUGGUUCCAAAAUGUCCUCAGGGACGGGUGCCGGAGUUUUCUCACUCGACUUAAACAUUCAAAAAUCAGUGGCUCUGGGAAAAUACAGUUCCAUUUUUCAAUGUGAAUGUGUAGCCAUAAUUCAAGCCGCCAGCACAGUGAGGAAGAGAAAGGUCAAGGGUUAUGACAUCAGAAUCCUCUCAGACAGCGCAGCUGUCUUACAAGCCCUAAAUAAUGACAACUUAACCUCAGGGCUAAUAUACGAGUGCCACAGAGAACUGCAGAAGAUGGCUUUAACCAACAAGGUUACCCUGCAGUGGAUUAAAGGGCACAGUGGAUCGCUGGGGCUGCUUUAA